CUGCCGCAUCGCAAAACACUCUUCGCGAUUUAAGGUGUAUAAAAGCUCCUGGAAUGUAGAUGAGGGUAUCAGUUUAGCAGAUUCUCAAGCUAAAGAAACUUAACCAAGAUGCGAUUCGUUCUUUUGGCCUUCUCCGUUGCUUUGGUGCUCUCACCAACAUUUGCCAGACCAGGUCUUUGGGAUCAAGUAACUAAUAUUACUCAGUUAGUACAAGGUGCUGCGAGUAGACUCAAAAAUCAUAUAACAAGCUCUGUGGCACUAUUCACAAAUACUAUCACCGAAGCAAUAAAAAAUGCAAAUUCUUUUGUUUCGGGACUCCUCCAGCAAGUCAAUAAAACCAUUACGGAUAUUAUAAAUGGUUUAGGAGAAGUGAUGAGGGCCUCUGUGAAUUCAGCUGGAAAUGUUGUUGUUGAAAUUAUUGAUAGCACUGGAAAUGUUUUGGAAGUUGUCGUUGAUGAGGCUGGAAAUCUCUUGGAGGUAGCUGGAACACAAUUGGAAACUGUCAUUCCUCUGCCCGGUGUAGUUGUUCAGAAGAUAAUUGAUGCUCUCCAAGGAAAUUCAUGGACUCCACCGGAUCCAGCUUCACCAACUGUUUCCCAGCAGUCUUAA